GGGGCUGUGGAUAACGAACUUCCGCUUUCAGUCUUCUAACUUAACCUUCUCCCCUAACUUAUACGAGUGUUCUUCUCUGCGCUGGGCUUGGAUCCCUGACAUGGAGGAAAUGCUGUCAUUCAGGGAUGUGGCCAUUGAUUUCUCUGCAGAGGAGUAUGAAUACCUGAGCCCUGCUCAGUGGAAUCUGUACAGGGAUGUAAUGUUGGAGAAUUUCAGCAACCUCAUGUUCCUGGGUCUUGCUUCCUCUAAGCUUUCCCUGAUCACAUUUCUGGAGCAAACACAAGACCCUUCAGACAUGAAGAGACUCAAAGCAGCUGCCAUGGAAACAGGAAACAAAUACUAUACAGGCAAAGAAUGUGAUAAAACCCUUCCUUGGAACUCACAACCUAUUAGUCACCAGAAAAUUAACUUAAGAAUGAAGCCAUAUAAGUGUGAAGAAUGUGGGAAAGCCUUCUGUUUUCCAUCGUUACUUUGUGUGCACAAGAGAAUUCAUACAGGAGAGAAACCCUACAAUUGUGAUAUAUAUUCUGAGGACUUCUGUUUUCCAUCACGACUUACUGAACACAAGAGAAUUCAUAGAGGAAUAAAACCCUACAAGUGUGAAGUGUGUGGCAAAACCUUCAAACAUCCAUCAAUACUUCGUAUACACAAGAAAAUCCAUACAGGAGAGAAACCCUACAAGUGUGAAGUAUGUGGCAAGGCCUUCCAUGUUCAGUCACAACUUUCUGUGCACAAAAGCAUUCAUACUGGAGAGAAACCCUACAAGUGUGAAGUGUGUGGAAAGGCCUUCUGCAUUCCAUCAAGACUUUCUGUACACAAAAUGAUUCAUUCAGGGGAGAAAACCUACAAGUGUGAAGUAUGUGGCAAGGCCUUCUGUACUCCAUCACGGCUUUCUGAUCAUAAGAGAAUUCAUACAGGAAUUAGACCCUACAAGUGUGAAGCAUGUGACAAGGCCUUCUGUUUUCCAUCACAACUUACUGUACACAAGCGAAUUCAUACAGAAGAGAAACCCUACAGGUGUGAAGUAUGUGGGAAGUCCUUCAAAUGUUUAUCAGUGCUAUCUGAACACAAAAGCAGUCAUACAGGAGACAAACCCUACAAGUGUGAUGUAUGUGGUAGGGCCUUCAGUUUUCCGUCACGAGUUUCUGAACACAUGAGAAUUCAUACAGGAGAGAAACCUUAUAAGUGUGAAGUAUGUGGCAAGGGCUUCUAUAUUCCAUCACAUCUUUUUGUACACAAAAGGAUUCAUACAGGAGAGAAACCCUAUGAGUGUGAAAUAUGUGGCAAAGCCUUCAAUACUUCAUCAGGACUUUCUGUCCACAAGAAAAUCCAUACAGAAGAGAAACCCUACAAGUGUGAAGUGUGUGGCAAAGCCUUUAAACGUCCAACAGGACUUUCUGUCCACAAGAAAAUUCACACCGGAGAGAAACCCUACAAGUGUGAAGUGUGUGGCAGGGCCUUCAGUAAUUCAUCAGGACUUUCUAUACAUAAGAUGAUUCAUACAGGAGAAAAGCCCUACAAGUGUGAAGUAUGUGGCAAAGCCUUCAGAGGUCCAUCAGGACUUUGUGUACACAAGAAAAUUCAUAAAGGAGAAACACCCUACAAGUGUGACGUAUGUGGUAGGGCCUUCUAUAUUCCUUCACAACUUUCUGUACACAAAAGGAUUCAUAUAGGAGAGAAACCCUACAAGUGUGAGGUGUGUGGAAAGGCCUUCAAUAGUCCAUCUGGACUUUCUGUACACAAGAGGAUUCAUACAGGAGAGAAACCCCACAAAUGUGAUGUAUGUGGUAAGGCCUUUACUCGUCCUUCUGGACUUUCUAAACACAAGAGUACCCAUAUAGGAAAGAAAAAAUACAAGUGUAAAGUAUGUGACCAGGCCUUUACUGGUCCAUCAGGACUGUCUAAGCACAUGAAUAUUCAUACAGGAGAGACCCUAUAAGUGAAGAGUGUGUCAUUCAUCCAUCAGGACUUUCUGAACACAAGAGAAUUCAUACAGGAGAGAAACCCUAGCGUUUUGACGUAUGUGGCAAGGUCAUCCAUGCUGUAUCAUUGCUUAAAGUACACAAGAGACUUCCUAUAGGGGAGAAACCCUACAACUGAGAAGUAUGUGGGAAAGCUUUCUGUUUUCUUUUACUACUUUCAGAAGCAAGAUCAUUCAUAUAGGAGAGAAAGCAUGCAAUCUAAAAUAUGUGGUGCGUUCUUUAGAACUUUCUGGAUUAUUUAUUCUCACUUGAUAAUCCAUAAUAGAAAGAAACCCUGCAAUUAUAAGGAUUGUGGAAAAGCCUUCUAUAAAAAGUCAUACCUUACUCAGCACACAUGAACUCACACUGGAUGGAAACCUUACAAAUGUGCAGAGUGGCAGACUGCUCAGUUGUACCAGAAACCUUAAGGGACAUCAAAGAAUUCAUUCUGGAGUAAAACCCUACAAGUGUAAAGAAUGUGGCAAAGACUUUAUAAAUUACAUAGCACAUUCUCAACACCAGUCUGUUAUGAGUGUGGAGAAUGGCAAGGCUUUUCCCCUGACUUCUGGUCUUAAACAACUUGUAAGAAUUUAUGUGUGAGAGAAAGCCUGUGAAGAAUAUGCCAAGGUCUUGUGCACUUACUAAAAACUUUUGAAACACCUGAUAAUUCAUACUGGAGAAAAAUGCCAUUGGUGCCAAACAUGUUAAAAACAAACGCUUCAAUAAACUUUCUAGUGUUUCUCAAGACAAAGAAGUCCAAACUUCAGAGAAAUGAUACCAACAUUACAAUAUUUAUAAAAUGUUUUGUACUUUCUCAGUUCCUAAAAGAUAUAAAGACUAUUCUGUCUGGAAACCGUAUAAAUGGGAUGAUAUGGGAUGUCUUUUCGUAUAUGUGUUGCCCUUACUGGUUGAUGAAUAAAGCUAUUUUGGUCAAUGGCCUGGCAGAGUAAAGCCAAGCAGAGUAAAUCAAGAGUGUGAGUGAGUAGGUGGAGUUGAGGAGGUGCCAUUUAGCAACUGAAAAAGAAAGAUGCCAGAACAUUACCAGUAAGCUACAGCCUCAUGGCAAUACAUAGGUUAUUAGAAAUGGGUUAAUUUAAGAUGUAAGAGAUAGUUAUGGGCAUCACAAUCACUGACUUCAAACUCUACUACAGAGCUACAGUACUGAAAACAGCCUGGUAUUGGCAUAAAAACAGACAGGAGGACCAAUGGAACCAAAUAGAAGACCCGGAUAUCCACACGUAUUCAAAUACCUGAUAUUUGACAAAGAAGUAAAAAAUACAAAUGGAAAAAAGAAAGCAUAUUUAACCAGUGGUGCUGGCAUAACUGGAUCUCAACAUGUAGAAGAAUGAAAAUAGAUCCAUAUCUAUCACCUUGCACAAAAUUCAAGUCCAAAUGGAUCAAAUACCUCACCAUAAAGCCAGCCACACUGAACCUUAUAGAAGAGAAAGUGGGAAGUACAAUUGAAUGCAUUGGCACAGGGAACCACUUCCUAAAUAUAACCCCAGCAGCACAGACACUGAGAGAAACAAUUAAUAAAUGGGACCUCCUGGAAUUGAAACGCUUCUGUAAAGCAAAGGACACAGUCAACAAGACAAAAUGACAGCCUACAGAAUGGGAAAAGAUCUUCACUAACUCUAUAUCAGACAGAGGUAUUAUCUCCAAAAUAUACAAACAACUCAAGAAAUUGGACACCAAAUGAACACAUAAUCCAAUGAAAAAAUGGAGUAAAGACCUAAACAGAGAACUCAACAGAGGAAUCUAAAAUGGCUGAAAGACACUUAAGGGAAUGCUCAACAUCCUUAGUCAUCAGAGAAAUGCAAAACAAAACAACUCUGAGAUUCCAUCUUAUACCUGAAAGAAUGACCAAGAUCAAAACACUGAUGACAACUUAUGCUGGAGAGGUUGUGGCGAAAAGGGAACACUUCUGCAUUGCUUGUGGGAAUGCAAGCUGGUACAACCCCUUUGGAUAUCAGUGUGGUGAUUUCUCAGAAAAUUAGGAAACAACCUUCCUCAAGACCCAGUAAUACCACUUUUGGGUAUAUAUCCAAAGGAUGCUCAAUCGUGCCACAAGGACAUGUGCUCUACUAUGUUCAUAACAGCUUUGUUUGUCAUAGCCAGAACCUGGAAAAACCUAAAUGCCCCUUGACCAAAGAGAAUGGAUAAGGAAAAUGUGGUACAUUUAUACAAUGGAGUACUACACAGCAGAAAAAAAUAACGACAUCUUGAAUUUUGCAGGAAAAUGGAUGGAGCUAGAAAGCAUUAUUUUGAGUGAGGUAACCCAGACACAGAAAGACAAUUAUCACAUGUACUCACUUAUAGGUGGUUUUUAAACAUAAAGCAAAGAAAGCCAGCCUACAAACCACAAUUCCAGAGAACUUAGACAACAAUGAGGAUACUAAGAUUUAUAUAGAUUUACUCUACAUGGGAAGUAGAAAGUAUAAAAUGACAAGAUCUCCUGAGUAAAUUGGUAGCAUGAGUACCUUGGGGGAGAAUUGAAGGGAAAGGGGAGAGACAGGGAGGGGAGCAGAGAAAAAUGCGGAACUCAGUAAAUAUCAAUUUAAAAAAGAAUCAAAAUAAAAAUACUUUCAAAACACAGACACACACAAAAGAGUUAGUUAUGAAUAAGCCUGAGCCAUUGGUCAGUGUUGUAAUUAACGUAGUUUCUGUGUGAUUAUUUGAGUCUGGGCCACUGGGAAAUAAACGUGCAAUUUCUGUUUACUUAAUGGCACCCAAUGUUUGUCAAAGUACUUCCACGAAAACCUGAGGAAACUUUAAUAAAUGCUUUUAGACCCACAAAAACACAAGUCAAUUGCAGCUUCUUGGUAGCUGCAUUUUUCUUCAGAUAGACACUGUUUUCUGGCUUUGAGCAGAAGCGUGACUUCAUUAAGAGAUAACUUCUGGUUUGAUGCUCAUGGCCCAAAUGACUCUGGAUAUUUCAGAGGUCCUGUUACAGAGCACUUAAAUGGGAUUUGUUAACAACAUGCUACUAUUUAGUUAAUGGGGACAAAGACCCACUGCAUCCCUGGAGUUGAGGCAGUGAGCAUGUCUCCCAGAGACAGUGAACAUACCUCUACCAUGUUUAGUGGGAAGGAGCCAACAGACAAAGCCACAGCACUGGUCCUAGUCAUCCCAGCUUAGCACUUAAAAAAAAAAAAUGCUCCUGAUCGUAAACAGAUUACAGCUACACAGUAAAGACAUUCAGACAAAAAAAAAAAAUAUGUUUGAUAAAUGUGCCUGGACUUACAACAGAGAAGAUAAAAGGUAGAGUCAUAGAUAAAAAAUUUAAGGAUUUUAAGCUGAGGUUUUUAAAGGAAUAAUACAAUAAAAAAUGGGCCAUAAAACGAUGGAAAAUAAAGAGUCAGGAUUACGUAUAUUUUUGUUAUUUCUUUGAUUCUUUGACUGCAGAGAGACAUUCGAUUCUGGGAACUGCAAAACUAAAGCAACAUAUAUAUUUUAAAAUAUGUUGACUUCAAAAUUUGAGUCUAAGAAUAUGUUACUUUGGAAAAGAGGUUGCUUUUGUUUCCACAGAGGAUUGGAACCUGUGGAUUCCUUCUAGGCUAAUGUGGUUUAAUGGAACAAGACUCCCCCCGCAAAAAAGGUCUCUGUGAACUCUAAAAAUACUUUACCCAACCACCAGCAGGAAAUAGUUUGGAGAAAACUAUGCCCAAAUUUCUUAAUAAAUGUUUGUUUUUAUUUAAAGGGGGUUGAUUAUAAAUGGUUAAUGGUCACAUUCAAUAUCUUUCUACAGAAGAAGGGGAUAUGGUUUAGAAAUGAAUACAUUACAAUGGUAUGGACUUCGGUUUAUUGAUACAAAUUUAAUGUCAAUUUUGUUAUAUAUAUAUAUUUCUACUCUCAUUUAAGGUAUUAUGUUUAUACAGCUCAUUUAAAAUUAUAGAUUAAUAGUCAUUUAUAAUAGUCAAAGUUGUAGUCAAAUUAGAUUUUCUAGAUAUACAGAGAUAUAUUUCAGAUGGAUAGGUAACCUUCAAAGACCAACAGAAUAUGGCUUUUAAAUGUUUUUAAGAACUUAGACUUUCCUCAGCAGUGAGACAUGUCUGCUUCUGGUGGUGCCACUCUACUUCAAGAGAACAACGGGCAUCAAAGAGGCUCCUUAUGGAGUUAGUUAGCCAUUUGGGCAAGAAACUGUUUUUGCCUGGAGUGCUUUACCGUAUGCUGUAUAAACUUGACAUGCAGGACCCACGGAAAAAUACCUGCUGAACUUUCCAAAAGACAGUCCACCAGGAUGCCUAAUGUUGGAGCCACAAGUAUUGUGCAGUAAAUGUACAGCUGACAAGUGUAUACAACUUGUGGGGGACCAGUUUCCUAUAACUUCAGGAACACUUGUCUUUUGGAUAAAUCACUGUCAAUUCUGUAAAUUUUUUGUGAAAUAAUGGCACUUCUUCCUUGAAAAUGGGAUUCUUUCCCAAAAUACCUCGGCAGUGUCACUUCCUCCUGUACAGUCAACAGCAUGAACUUCCAUGAGGCCUUAGAGUGAGUGAUAACAUUCACUGUUUUCUAACAGUCAAAUCUACAUGAUGUCAUCCCCUACAAUUAUUACCUUUGCUAAUAAAACAUGUAGGAAUUUCUCGAAGAUAUGAGAACAGCAUGCCCACACUUAGUAGCAAACAGAUCUGAGUAGGUGAGUCCAGGGUUCCGGGAUGUUUAGUGAUUUUCUAAUGGUUUGAAAUGUCAGAUUUUCCGGCUUGGAUGCUGGCCCUUUCUGGGUGGUGUCUCCUUUUCCUGGAGAGCUGCUUUAUCAGGUUCUACCUUCCCUUAUGUGAUUUUGAAAUGCAUGUUGAUAUCAUUGUUUUUGCCUAUGAGAUUUUUAAACCAUGUAUAAAAAACUAAAAACCUGGUGGAGAUCACCCUUCUCUCUAGUUCUUCACCCACAGAAUAAAGAAUAUGCAGAAGUAACAUGCUUGAGUUAAUUUAUUUUAUUUACACUUGGACCUUAGGAAUCUAAGAUUUAAUAGACUUAACACCAAAAUAAACCUUGAUAGGCUGAUUUUUUUUAAUUUUUUUCUUUAUUAUGUAUACAGUGUUCUGUCUAUGUGUGUGCCUGCAGGCCAGAAGAGGGCACCAGACCUCAUUACAGAUGGU